GUACAAGUCAAGGCAGAAAGAGAGGGGGAAUAAAGCCACCAAGUCCACUUCUCAUUCACCAUAAUUACUGGCUUGCUUCCACUUUUCUUCCUUUUCUCCCAGCUUUUAAAAGCCUUCCAUGUACUAAUAAAGAAAUGGAAAAAAGCUUGCACUUAGCCUAACUUGGGAGCAAGAGCCCCUCUCCCUUCCUCAUUCUUGUGCACAAGCAAAAUUCAAUAUUGGUUGAGCAACAAGGUAGCAGCAUAGAUAGUUGAGGCGUUGGACUCACCUGAUAGACGUUCUAAGUCUCAACUUGGUAUCUUUCUGCUAAAAUUUUCUUACAACCACUUGAUCGACGAAACUAAGAAGAUGCUAAUCGCCCUUUCUCAUGAGGUUAUUGACUAUUCAUAUGGACAGAAACAGAAAAAUUCACCUCGAUAAAGAACGUAGAACUAAAUAGUAUCUGCAGAUUGCAUUUGAGUACCAGUAAGGAGCGGCGGACAAAACCCACCCUCAACUUAUUCCCACGACCUUGGUAGAUUACAGGUAGAAAUGUCAUCCUUUAACCUGAUCGGAGACGCUGAGUCGAAAACCUGCGAUUACAGGUAGAAAUGUCAUCGAACGGAACACCUAAGUAUGUCAAAAGGCUAAAAAAAGAAACAAAAGGUUGAGUUAUAGUGGGAAAUAGGGAGAGUGGAGAAACAACCCCACCUAUUUCCUUAUUUUUUCCAAGUGACAAUGGUAAGUGGUAACAAAAGUGAAGUGAAGCCCCCCCACAGCCAUGAUUAUUCCCGCCGCUUACAAAAGAGUCGAACCCAUACCAAAACCCUUCUGCUACUUCAGUCACACCAGCAUAUAAGGGCCUUCGGCUAUGAUAUAAAGGCCAAAAAAACCAACCUGACCUGCAAUCUCCUGCCACUGCCCCCAACUUCUCCCACUCCAUAGAAUAUAUUCCUGCAUUUAAACACAAACAUCCUGCAUUUCGCCAUGAGAAGUUGCACCAAAGCAACCCUGACACUUGACCAAGAAGAAGGAGAAGAACCAGAAGAGUCCCCAGGACUCAGCACAACAAGAAUGAGCUCUUGCAGCACAAAGAGCCUGCUGCAGAAGCUAGAGAACAUCGACGAGAACACUCCUGCUGCCUGGGUACCCCUGCCAUCAUCAUCGUCAUCUGCUGCACCCCCUGAGACACCCACCGAGUCCAUGGAGUUCCUAGCUAGAUCAUGGAGUCUCUCUGCCAUGGAGCUCUCCAAAGCUCUUUCCACUGGUGGCACACCGCAUCAGGCACCCCCUCCUCUUCCGGGUAGUCUCCACAAGUCGGUGCCUCCAGCUCCUCCAGCUUCUUCUGCUGUUGGAAAGGAAUCUCAGUUGCCUAGUGCUGGUACUGGCAGUCCCCCUAUAUCUCCAAGAGACAGUGAAGAACUCAAGUCUGUGCAGGAGUUACUUCUACUUCAUCAAGCACUGAACCCAGAAUUCAUCUACAGUCAGCAAUUGCUCAAACAUGGGUUAUACAAGAGCAUCAUGAAGGGUAAAACGAUGGGGAGAAGGCUGAAGGAUCAUAAAGAGAGGAAGAAGCAGGAGAUCAGAACCCAUAAUGCCCAAGUUCACGCAGCUGUCACUGUAGCCGGAGUGGCUGCUGCUGUCGCUGCUAUAACUGCCUCGAAUGCCAUGUCAGCAGAACUUGCAGCAGCAAAAGGCGAGACAGCGGCUUCCAAGACGCCAGCUGCAAUGGCAUCAGCGGCGGCUCUUGUGGCGUCUCACUGCAUUGAGAUAGCAGAGGACAUGGGUGCUGAACAUGAACAAAUCAUGACGGUUAUUGACUCGGCGGUCAACGUGAGGACUAACGGGGAUAUCAUGACUUUAACAGCUGGUGCAGCUACAGCUUUAAGAGCUGCUGCGACCCUGCGAGCAAGGCUGCAGAAAGGAUAUGGAGCCCCAGCACUUCCCUUGACAGAGGACAUGGAUGAAGAAGGCAAGGAGUCUAAAAUCUCAGCAGCAUUAAAAUUUGUCACCGAAGGGGAAGAACUUCUCAAGCGGACAAGGAAAGGAGCUCUACAUUGGAAGCGAGUUUCUUUCAGUAUCAGUACAACUUGUCAGGUGGUGGCUAAAAUGAAAAGCAAGCACAUGGCAGGGACAUUCACAAAGAAAAAGAAAUGUGUUGUGUUUGGAGUUCAGACUGAGGUGGCAGGAUGGCCAGGGAGGGAGACAGACGACUGCAGCGAGCAAAGAGCUUAUUUUGGGAUUAAAACAUCAGAGAGAAUAAUAGAGUUCGAAUGCUGGAGUAAAAAUGACAAGCAGAUGUGGGUUGAGGGGAUACAGCAUAUGCUCAGCUGCCGAGCUAAAGUUGCAUGAGUUCUAAAACAACAUUAUA